CUCACUCACUCACUCAUACAGUCAUACUUACCGCUAAAUCUUUUGUUUGUUAAACUCUCACUUCGCUCCACUGAAAAAAGGAAAAGAAGCCGCAUUAAACUCUCUGCUCGACGGUCUUCACUUUCCUCAUUACCGCCAAUCAAACAAUCUCCAUCCCCUCAAUUCAUCUCAAGAUCUGCAUUCUCUAAUCUAUAAAGAAAGAAAGCCGCAUUAUCUGUUUUUUGUUCCAGUUAAUUUUUUUCAGAUCUCCGCUCUACUCUUUGGAUCUAUAAACAAGAAAAGGAAUUGUUUGCUCCAAGCACCUGCAUUGUCGGUUAAUGCGAGCUAGGGUGUGAGCUUGUCGUGACUUCAGGGGAUUUUUGGGCGUGUAUAAGGACAUGCAAUCGAUUAAAGGAGCUAAUGGAGGAUAUUGUCGUUGGCGGAGUAAAAAAAUUUUUCCCCGGAACCCUAGAGAGCUCGGGGAAGUGGGGUUCGAGUGCUGAAGUGUUUGAUUCUGACGAUGCUGUGCUUGAAUUGUGUGCUGCUGGAGAGUCAAGAUGUUCCGUUCUUUAAUGCUUCACUUUUUCCUUCCUUUGCUCACUUUGCUACCUACUAACCACGGUAUUCCAUUGCCACAAAUCUCCUUGUCUCCAUCUUUACUUCCAAGUGAGUCACCCUUCUCGAGGAAAAUCUCCCUGGAACAUGUCAGGUUGUUGUCUUCGGGUGCUUCAAUGGUUCCUUUUGUAGUGCCUACUCGAAGGCAGUAUAAGCCUCCUUUGCAUCAAUCAGUUUCACCAGCUCCUGCACCAGCACCUAAAGGUCCUGUUACUGGUCCAAAUGUUAGUCCAUUGCCAAGACAUCAUCAUCAUUCCCCUCGCCCUGGGGGGAGUCAUGCAAUUUCGCCAUCUCCAUCCAGGACACCAGGUUGUGGUCAAAUCUGUGCAGAGCCAUUUACGUCAACUCCAUUUGGUUCGACAUGUGGUUGCGUGUUGCCAAUGAAAAUCAAACUUCUUCUUGAUGUCUCGCUUUAUGCUGUUUUUCCUCUGGUCACUCAGCUUGAGAUUGAGAUUGCAGAAGGAGUUUAUCUAGAACAAAGUCAAGUAGUCAUAGUUGGUGCUAGUGCUGAUAGUCAAAAUCAGGGAAGAACAGUAGUUGACGUUAAUUUGGUUCCACUUGAGGAUAGGUUUGAUAAUACAACUGCUCUACUGAUUUAUGAAAGAUUUUGGCAAAAGAAGGUGCUUCUUAACAGGACACUUUUUGGUGCUUAUGAAGUAAUCUACAUUACCUAUCCAGGUAUUCCGUCUUCACCACCAUCUGGUGACUCCUCUGGCAGUGGCCCCAGUGGAAGUGUUGGAAACCAGCAAUUCCCUAUUACUGCAUAUAUGGAUGAUAAAAAUCAGAAAAUGAGUCCACGAAUUAUUUUUGUCAUUGCCUUGUCUGCACUAGUACUUUUGGUGGUUUGUUGUGGAGCUGCUGCUGUCCUCUUGAAAUGCAGGAAGACUGGUAGACCAUCCAAUGCUGUUGGUCCUGUGAUAACACCAUCAUUAAAUAAGAAAAGUGGAAUGGGAUCAAUGCUAUCAAGUAGCCCAGCAAGCUCCACAUCAACAUCCAUCCUAUCUGCCAUGCCAGCUUCUAUUCUUUCUGUUAAAACAUUUUCGCUUGUUGAGCUUGAGAGGGCUACAGAGAAGUUCAGUCCCAAGAGGAUUUUAGGUGAAGGUGGGUUUGGACGUGUCUACCAUGGGCUCUUGGAAGAUGGAACUGAUGUAGCGGUGAAAUUGCUUACAAGAGAUAUUCAGAAUGGAGACCGUGAAUUUAUAUCUGAAGUUGAGAUGCUCAGCCGAUUGCAUCAUCGUAACCUUGUGAAGUUGAUUGGUAUAUGCAUUGAAGAACGGGUACGAUGCUUGGUUUAUGAGCUUGUACCAAAUGGCAGUGUUGAGUCCCACUUACAUGGUGUGGACAAGCAAAAAGGGCCUCUAGAUUGGGAUGCGAGGCUGAAGAUUGCUCUGGGUGCUGCUAGGGGAUUAGCUUAUCUUCAUGAGGACUCUAAUCCUCGAGUAAUUCAUCGAGAUUUUAAAGCAAGUAAUGUUUUAUUAGAAGAUGACUUUACCCCCAAAGUUUCAGAUUUUGGGUUGGCCAGAGAAGCAACAGAAGGAAGCCAUCACAUUUCUACUCGAGUCAUGGGAACUUUUGGGUAUGUAGCCCCUGAAUAUGCAAUGACAGGGCAUUUGCUUGUGAAAAGUGAUGUUUAUAGUUAUGGGGUUGUGCUACUAGAGCUUCUCUCGGGAAGAAAACCUGUGGACAUGUCCCAACCUCCGGGACAAGAAAAUCUCGUGACUUGGGCGAGGCCUCUACUUACCAGCAGAGAAGGUUUAGAGCAGCUGGUGGAUCCUUCCUUGGCUGGAAGCUACAACUUUGAUGACAUGGCUAAGGUGGCUGCCAUUGCCUCCAUGUGCGUUCACCCAGAGGUAACUCACAGACCAUUUAUGGGAGAAGUAGUGCAGGCACUGAAGCUCAUAUACAAUGAUGAUACAGACGGGACAUGCGGGGAUGGUUGUAGUCAGAGAGACUCUUCUGUGCCAGACUCUGAUUUCAAAGGUGAUCUUGUCCCUUCCGAAAGUAGUUGGUGGAAUGCUGCGGGAGUUACUCCGAGGUUGACUUACGGACAGGCAUCCUCCUUCAUAACGAUGGAUUACAGUUCAGGUCCACUUGAAGAGAUGGAAAACAGGCCGUUUUCAGCUUCAAGUCUGGCUGGAGGGGUAGCACUGCCCAUCAAGCAUGGGAACAGGUCAGGUCCAUUGAGGACCGUCCGCAGUAAAAAAGCGUUUUAUAGAUUAAAGGGGAGUAUGAGCGAGCAUGGACUGCUUUCGAGGCGUACUUGGAAUGACGGUCCUAGCGGUUAUGAAGCUUCAUUUUAGGCCAUUUUUUCUUUUCUUUUCUUUUCUUUUUUUAAGUGUACAGUAAUGAAGGGCCAUUUGUAUUGAGAAAAUAGGUUUCUUCGGUGGUGUAGGAUCGUAGUUGUGAGCUCUUUUAUUUGCGUAGAGAAAAUGAGAGAAUAUUCUGACCUCUAAUUUUGAUAAUCUUAAAAUAUUCACAAUACAAUGGAGAUGCAGGUCGGGUACGUCAUCUUGUAUA